CAUACAGACACUGUCGCUAAUUGGCACACGUGCUUGCACCAUUCAGGUACGGGCCCUGUCGUUUGCUGACAGGCGCGUAGAUCUUCGAGAUGAUGAAGUUCUCAAACCACUCGCCCCUCCUAUAAGCUCGGAGGAUUGUCCGCCGCCUGUAGAAGACGGCGUUCCGGCUCACGACAGCUCAGGCCCAAGCACAAGGAGCUACCUGAGUACAAGAGUCAGGGUGCGCCACACGGGCACACUACGGGAGAGGUUGAUAGACAUGGGUGACCCCAGUGCAAACAUUCACAAAGUAUUCGAUCAUCUGGAAGAUGAUGAUAGCGUGUGGAGGACCAUGUCGAAGGAUUUCUAG